UCGCCACGUAUCCGCCAUGGCCGGCCCCCUCGAGGCUCGAGCCAGCUUGCCAAUGCGGCCAUGCCGCCUUCUCCUUCCUUCUAAUCUCGACCGCCGCCUCCGCGACUCCGCCUACCUACCAUCUCACCUCGAUUGCAGUUAGCACCCGCGCGCGCAUCGUUAAGACACGCACGCUCAGCAGGCAGAGGCCGCCAUGGUGAAGCUGGCGACGGCGCGCGAGUGCCGCGCGUACAGCCUCGGCGCCGGCGCCGGCACGGCGUCGCGCAACCGGUGGGAGUACAUCAACGCGGGGGUGUAUGUCUUCGCGGCCGUCCUCCUCGUGGGCGGUUUCGUGGGACAGCUCUCACCGUGGGCCGGGUCCAACAGGCCCGGCCUCGCGGUGGCCGCACUCGGGCUCGUCGGCGUACUGGCCGUCAACGCGCACGACCUCCUGGCCCACGUCGCAGGGGUCGACUACCGCCUCGGGCUGGCCGGGCUCGACAGGCAGCUCGCGCUCGUCGAGCUCGCCGUCCCCGCCGUGCAGAUCGUCGGCACCGUGCUCACACUUGUCGCCGUCAUCUUCUUCGAGAUUCAGAUGGAGAGGGGAUACCGUCAGGGCCUAGCGAAGCACGGCCUGAACCUGCUCAUAGCCGGGCCGGCGCUGUGGUUCCUCGGGUCCGUGCACAACAUCUGCCAGGUCUACGAGCGAGCCAGCGGGCACGUCCAGCUCCUGCAGAAGAGCGUCCAGAUCCCGCUCCUGCUGGGGAGCACCCUGUUCCUCAUCGCCGGCAUCAUCAACCGACAUGACCGUCACAGCCACUCCGCCUUCACGCUACUGGGGAGGAGCUGGGCGUGGUUCUGCCUCUUCGGGAGCCUCCUCUUCCUCGCCGGUGGUGUCCUGAAUCUCCUCAAGGUGUUCAAGACGCAGCAGAUGAACGGCCGGGGGCUGGAGAAGCUGCGCGGCGGAGCGCAGGAGCGGCUGGCCAUGGAGAGGGAGGGCAAGGUGCCCCUCAUCCUGGAGCACGGCAGGAGGGGCCCGGCCGUGGCGCCGCCGCCGCCGCCGCCGCCGGGGUCCUACAAGGAUGCUCUCGUCAGCAGCGCCAGCUAAGAAUAGCAAUGCCAAGUGCCGCAUGGUGGUGAGAAACUGAGAAUAAGUGGAGAGGUCAGAAGAUUGGUGUUGCCACUCUGUGAUUUCACGUUUGCACCUGUCAGUGUUAAUCCUUUAAAUUUUCCUGAUUUACGUUGAACUGUACUUUCCAUUGUGAUCAUCACGUAUAUGGUUGAAUAAGCUUACUGCUGUCGUGCAUAAGUGUAUGCCAAAUAAAACCGGCCUGUAUUUGUAGCAUGUACAAAUGUUUAAGACAAGUGAAGUACUACUAUGAACUUCA